CAAAUGGAUGGAGUCAUGUCUCCCGCGUUCCUGCUGCUGCUGCUGCUACUGUGGCUCCAGGGCCGCGUCUCAGGUGUCCCCGCCGAGAGCGUGUACUCCAAAGUGAGGCACCUUGAAGGGGAGACUCUGUCUGUACAGUGCUCCUACAAGAGCCGCAAAAACCGCGUGGAGGGCAAGGUUUGGUGCAAAAUCAGGAGGAAGAAGUGUGAGCCUGGGUUCACCCGUGUCUGGGCGCAGGGGCCGCGCUACCUGCUGCAGGACGAUGUCCAGGCCAAUGUGGUCAACAUCACCAUGGCGGCCCUCAGGCGCCAGGACUCGGGCCGGUACUGGUGCAUGCGCAACAGCUCUGGGACCCUCUAUCCUCUGAUGGGCUUCCAGCUGGAAGUGUCUCCAGCACCCACAACCCAGAGAAACACUCCUCCUACACAGCUGGCCAACAUGCUCAAGAGUGGGAUUGUUGUCACAACAGGCCAAGCCCCCACGUCAGGCUCUUAUGCCCCUCUCAACACCAGUGUGACGACGUUCACACCUGGACUCCUCACCAUGGCCAGACUCCUGCCCUCCACUGCCUCAGAGACCAUCAGACUGACCUCCACGACAGACCACAGCUUCAUCAGCACCAGCCCCUCCACCACGGGGCCCCAGACAGUGACUGUGUCUCCGAGCAAUGCCAGAUCCUCCUCUGCUGGCCCAGCAUCCAUCUCCACCAAGGCUGGGCACCUGCGCACCAGAUCGGCUACCACAGGAAUGUGCCACACCAGAUCUCUCCUCAACAAAUUAUCCCCCAUCAGGCACCAGGAUCCUUAUCCCACUGUGCUCGUGGGGGUGCUGACCUUCCUCCCAGUGCCUGUGAUGCUGCUCCUAGCCUAUGGGUUCUGGAAGAAGAGACACAUGGGAAGUUACAGCGUGUGCAGGGAUGCUGCUAGACCCUGGAGGGACCCACCCGGAAGACCGGAUCCUCCGUGGAAGCCUGUUUGGUCUGGAGCCACUUAACUAUGGAUGGGGAUCUUCUCCCACAGGGGUCCCAGGAGGCCAGAGGAGGACUGCAGAGGGGGGCCUGUCUGGAUCGGAGACAGGACUUGUGGAGCAC